AUGAAUCCUAUUGACUGCCUUUCUGUUGGAUAUUUCGUAUCAGUUUGUUCCAACACCAGUAAUGGAUUCACACUGAACCUCACUAGUUGCUCUAUUGGUGACCAAGGCUGCAAAUUUCUGGCCCGAGGACUCUCCAAGUGUUCACACUCACACUCCGAGAUUAAUUUUGACCUUAGCAAUAAUGAUAUUCAUGAAGAAGGGAUACACCACAUCGCUGAGGUGAUCGAGAACACUAUUUCAAUAUUUACAUUGAUUUUGUCUAUUAAUGCCAUUGGCAACAGUGGCCUUAGCACACUCUGCGAGGCCUUAUCAACUAAUACAUCAGUAAAGACUCUCGAUUUCUCCAAGUGCUUCCUAUCUCUCAAUGAUCACGGAGCAAUCCCUCGACUACUGAACACAAACACUACUCUUGAAAUCCUCAACUUGUCAAACAAUGUUAUUGGUAACACUGAACUGAAGAAUAUCUGUGAGGCCUUGUCAACUAAUACAUCAUUAAAGAGCCUGGACCUGGGCAGAUGCUCACUAACAGUAUCAGAUGACAAUGGAGCUGCCCUCUAUCAACUUCUGAAUACAAACAAUUCCCUUGAACAUCUUGAUUUGUCUUAUAAUACAGUGACUAGCUGUCAUCACAUUGCUGCUGGACUUGCAGUCAAUAAGACUCUGAGAACAUUGCACUUGGGUUACUGUAAACUGACUGAUCAGAGUAUCGAGGAGCUAUCAACUGGACUGAUUAGCAAUACAGAAACACUGAACAUUAUGGGUAAUGACUCAAUAACAGAAGAUGGAAUGAAGAUACUUGCCAGACAUCUAACCACCCACUGCUCUGAACUAACACUAUUGGCGGUAUCCUAUCCCCUAAGAUCCCGUAUCGAGACUGUAUUCAGGGACGCUAACAAAGAGAGGAAGAGAAAUGGACUGACUCAGAUUGAUGCAUUCUAA